AUGUCGUCGGGGGCUGCGGUCUCGUCAAUGUCGUUGUUGCCGUGCUUGGGUGAGAAGUCAAACUUCAGCACGUGGAAGUUUCGCCUUAAACUGAUGUUAGAAGAUAAACAAGUUGCAUACGUAUUAAAAGAAGGAGAUAAUGAAAAAGAAAAAUCCGCCGAAUUUAUCAAAGACGAUUCGAGGGCAAAGUCUUUAAUUGCAAUGUGCGUUUCCGACCGCUACAUUGAAAUAAUAAAGGAUGGGAAAACAGCGAGAGAGAUGAUUACGUUAUUGGAAAAUACAUUUGAGAGAAAAAGUGUCUACAACAGGUUCUACCUAAAACGCAAAUUAAUAACUCUAAAGUGCAAUGAGCCAUUAGAAACAUACCUCAUAAAGUUCUCAUCAAUUGUUAAUGAUCUCCAGGCGAUUGAAGUCAAAAUUGAUGAUGAAGAUAAGAUUUGUUACCUGCUGUCAUCGCUGCCUAAGGAAUAUGAUCCUGUAAUUACAUCCAUCGAGACCAUGGCUACAGAGAAGAGACUGACAUUUGAUUUUGUAAAAGCCAGAUUGCUGGACGCUGAGACAAAAAUCAUCACAAACAAGGACACGACCGAUCAAGAGAGUGCAUUCAUCACAUGUUUUACUUGUGGUAAGCCGGGACACAAAAGCUAUGAGUGUAAAGAUAGGACUAAUGAAAAAGAGCCACAUCGAGGCAGGGGCCGUGGGAGAGCUGCUGGCCGAGGUCGCAGAGCUGCACGAGGACAACCCACACGAGGUCGAGGACAACGUGGUCAAGCCCAAGAGACGUCCCUAGCUGGUAAGGCGGAAGUUGGAUUUUUUGCCAGUGAAUACAUGUUUGGAUCAGUUGAUAAUUCUAAUAUUACAUUUAUCGUAGAUUCAGCAGAGUCAGAGUACAUUGCUGCUGCUGCCACAGCUCAAGAGUUGGUGAAUCUUAAAGGUCUCAGUCAACAUUUAAAGUUCAAAAAUGAUGCCAUCUUACUCGUGGAUAAUAUAGGAGCAAUUUCUAUGUCUAAAAGUUAUGAAAAUUCAAAAAGAACUAAACACAUAGAUAUUAGGGCUCAUUUUCUUAAAGAUAUUGUUGAAAAGGGCAUCAUUGCUAUUGAAUAUAUUAAUUCUAAUGAUAACUUAGCUGACAUAAUGACUAAAAGUUUAUGUAAAGACAAAUUUUUAAAAUUUAGAGAUCAAUUUAUGUGU